UCCCAGUCCUCCCAGUCCUCCCCAUCAGACUGGAUCCAGCUGUUUAUUUCUCAUAUCUUUCCGCCUCUUUUAUUUCCAGCAUGAUUUUAACAAAUUGUCAGUCAGGAUUUUUGCUGCUGAGCCGCGGUUCAAAGCCGUCUGAAGCCUCCUCCUCCUCCUCCUCCUCCUCCUGCGGGCUGCUCCGAUCGACGCUGAAAACCAACACCAAGAGGAUACGGAUGUUAACCAAGACAACAUAGUCUAUUAAUUUUUCAGACAUACUGUAAAACGAUAUCAGCAUUAAAAAGCCAAGUUGUGUUAAGGUGCGCAGGGUGAGGACAUUCCUUCCAUCUGCUGCAGCUCGUCAGCACAGGUGAAGGACAAAGUGUUGCUGAGAGAAAGAAGAUGUUCAGCUCGGAGACGACGACGACGAUGAAGAUGAUGAUGAAGAUGGAGAGGGAGGCUCUGCACAGCUACCGGCCUCAGUAGAGGCUCCCUUUCGCUCCGACCUGCUGCUCCUCACCUUCACACCGCUUCCUCUUCCUGCCCACCGCCCGCCAGGAAGGAUGACCGUGGUGUCCACGGAGAACAUGGACGAGACCUCCACCCUGCCGGGACACCCGCAGGACCCCUACCCGCCCGACGACGACCACGACGACCAUGACUGCUGCGAGCGGGUGGUUAUCAACAUCUCGGGGCUGCGCUUCGAGACCCAGUUAAAGACUCUCGCCCAGUUCCCGGAGACUCUCCUCGGGAACCCCAAGAAGAGGAUGCGCUACUUCGACCCCUUAAGAAACGAGUAUUUCUUUGACCGGAAUCGCCCAAGUUUCGACGCCAUCUUGUAUUAUUACCAAUCCGGGGGACGGCUAAGAAGGCCGGUCAACGUGCCCCUGGAUAUGUUCUCAGAGGAGAUAAAGUUUUACGAACUCGGCGUGGAGGCCAUGGAGAAGUUUCGAGAGGACGAGGGAUUUAUCCGGGAGGAGGAGCGUCCGCUGCCGGAGAAGGAGUUCCAGCGGCAGAUCUGGCUCCUCUUUGAGCACCCGGAGAGCUCGGGGCCCGCCCGGGGGAUCGCCAUCGUCUCAGUGAUGGUUAUUCUUAUUUCAAUAGUAAUAUUUUGUUUGGAGACAUUACCAGAACUGAAGGAGGAUCCCAGCGUGCGGAUUCAGAUUGUGGGGAAUGUCACCGUGUAUUACAAACCAAAUUUCCUCACAGACCCUUUCUUCGUGGUGGAGACGCUCUGCAUCAUCUGGUUUUCCUUUGAGUUGAUAGUCCGGUUUUUCGCGUGUCCCAGCAAGGCGGCGUUCUUUAAAAACAUGAUGAACUCUAUUGACAUUGUGGCUAUAAUCCCGUACUUCAUCACUCUUGGAACAGAGCUUGCUGACGACCCAGACAACAAGGAGGGGAAGGGAGGAGGGGAACAGGCCACGUCUCUGGCUAUUCUCAGGGUAAUCCGCCUGGUGAGGGUGUUCAGGAUCUUUAAACUUUCGCGACACUCGAAGGGGCUCCAGAUUUUGGGGCAAACUCUGAAGGCGAGCAUGCGGGAGCUGGGCUUGCUCAUUUUCUUCCUCUUCAUCGGCGUGAUAUUGUUCUCCAGUGCCGUCUACUUCGCUGAGGCCGAGGAGAAGGAGUCGUUCUUCACCAGCAUCCCGGAUGCUUUCUGGUGGGCCGUAGUGUCCAUGACGACCGUCGGCUACGGGGAUAUGUACCCGGUGACCAUCGGAGGGAAGAUCGUGGGCUCGCUGUGCGCCAUCGCCGGAGUGUUAACCAUCGCACUCCCGGUGCCCGUCAUCGUGUCCAAUUUCAACUACUUCUACCACCGUGAGACGGAGGGCGAGGAGCAGGCACAGCUGCUCAACGUCAGCAACCAGAACUUGGCGUCGGACAGCAACUCAAGCCGCCGCAGCUCCUCGGUGGUCAGCAAGUCGGAGUACAUGGAGAUAGACGAGGACAUGAACAACAGCAUCGAUAACUUUAGGGAAGCGAACCUUAGGACUGCCAACUGCACGGCUCCCAGCCAGAAUUGUGUGAACAAGGGGAAGCUGCUCACCGACGUGUGAGGCAGCCUCUGGCGCACCGGUGUAAAUAUUGUAGAAAUAUCUGGAUGCUUUAUCUCCAUUGGUGCAUUUUAUUCUUCUUUUGCAUUGAUUCAUUCAAACGUGUGUGAAUACUUACAGAGUUUAAAGGCGCACAUGGUACAUUUAUAAAGGUAGAGGGUCAAAAAGAGUGGAGUCAUUUGGCAAUAGUUCAAAGAUCAGUAGGUGUCGGGGGAACAUUUUUUGAUCAAGUAUUCGCUCAUUUUAGAAACUCGCCCCGUUGAAUUACUCACUUUAUUCCCUCAAGUUGAAGGGGAACUCCAACAAUUCUACACAAGAAGAUUAGUUUACUGAUAUGUAAUGUGUUUGCAGAAGCCUGAGAACAUCCGAUAGGGAUGUCAUUAGGGUUAUCUUGGCACAAUUUUGUUAUCUUCAACGUCUCUUAAAUGCAUUAUAGAAUUACAGCUUGUUUUAGAUUAACUUGGAUAAUUUGUUAAGGAAAUCUUGUUCUUGUUGGAGCUUUUCAUGGAUACAGACGGAUGCACAAGCGAGAAGGAAAUAAAGUCGUCUGAGGGGAAGAUUUAGUAAAUUUGAGGGAAUUUCCCUCAAGAGGAGUUUGUUUGUGUUGCACCUUUUCAACAACAAGUGCUGCACUCGAGACAUAAACAGUCCCGAAUUCAAUGUAAUGAAAGUCAGCUGCAAACACAAAAGUUUGAGGAUUGAAUAUAGAGAUUCAAACAAGCUUGAGGGAAUAAUUUGCAAUUUGAGGGCACAAGAGUUUAUCAAAAAAUCUCUCCGACACCUACCAGGCUUUGUGCAAUAGACUCAACUUUCAGGAAAAAAGAAAAAACAAAACAACGAAGCCCAAGUGAGAUUCGAAGAACACGUCGGCGGACGACUCACUCUCUGAAGAAACACUCGGAGUGGAUUACAGUUGAAGUUCGGGGCGUGUUUUUUCUGCGGCACAUCCAGGGACAUUUUUUGGAAAACUCGACGCCAGAUGUCGGUCGACGUUUUUCAGGCACCUUAUCAAAAACAAUCAGGAAGUGUGCCGAGCCUUGUGGAGGAUUAUCUGCACCGCUGCUGCUGCUACAGGUCGGCUGGAGGUUCCGUGUAUGAUGCCAUGCAACACUCCUUUAUAUAAAAGCAUGUGGAGACUCUCUUCUCUCUUAUAUCGGCAUGCACAAGACGUUACCUCAUUUUUAAUUUUUACAUUUUUGUUUUUCCUUCUUCGACCCUCAUCUUCUCCUGGAAUUUUUUCUCUCAUUUGUUUUCACCAAAAGUGCACUGGCUAUUUAUUAUAAGUUAUUUUAAAGCAUUUUAAGUGUUGAAUGUUAAAAGCAUUAAGGGAACAGGAACACUUCUUUUUCGAAGAUCAUGGCAUGUCAAAAUACUAAAGCAUUAUGGCCUAAUUAGCUAUGGUAUAGCUAUGUAUACUCAAUGCAUGACUACAGUAUUAAAUUGCUUGCAGUUGUGGAGAGACCUCGGGAGCUGGGGGAUGAUGAUGAUGAUGAUUCUCCUCAUUAUUGUCGAGCUAACGACAGGAUACGGUGCAUGACGGAGCAAACUGCUGAAGGGGACAAAUCUGCUGAAAAAACAAAAAAACAAAAACAAGACAAAAAAAUAUCAGAAGAGACACAUCCGGUGAUCUCUUUUAAAAAAAUGACAUUUCAGAAAUUACAUCCUCCUCUUUCAUUUAUUUAAAGCUUUGAUUUUUGACGAUGGAGUGCAUGGGAUCAUUUUAUGUGAUUUGUGACCCCAUUUUAUUUUCUAGCAUUUGACUUUUAAACAGUUUCAAGAAGGGAAAGCAGUAAUAUUUAACAAAUUUCAUAGAUAUAUCUAAAAUUAGUUUCUUAGUGCCUUGAACCCCGUCGCAUUAUAGAAUUGACUGAAGUGCCUCCCGUUACAAUAGACAGCAAAGAGCUUACUAUGUGCAGCUUAUCUUCUCCUGCCAUAAAGAUGCACUACUCCCUGCACAUCUGGAAGAGGGUUUCAGACCAACAGGUUUUGAUCAAGAUGUGAAAAUGAUCCUGAUUCUGGGGCCAGAUCUUUGGGCCUACAUGAACUCACAUUUAUCCUGGUUGAUGACACAUGGCUGCUAGUGAACAGUUACCGAGACAAAGAGGUUAAAAUGUGGAUUGUUUGCAUUGAAAUUCGAGAAUUACUGGUCGUAUAUCUGCAGGUGCUUGAGUUUGACAACCAUGAAGGGACGUUCAUUAUUCUCAAAAUUGUGGCUAUUCUGACUGUAGGUCAUAUGCUGCAGACUCAGCUAACAAAGCUAGCUGUCUGUUAGUUAACUAACUACAUACGUAGGAAUCUCUGCUAAUAGGUUUAUUUAUCAGAUAGCUAACUUGUAAACGCUUUUGAAUCCAAAUGAAAGGAAAUACUGAAAUUAGCCUCCUGGAUUAGCUGUUUCACAUAUAAGAUGGAUCUACUUAACAGCUUUUCUCUUUAAUUUGAUUGAGCUCCUUGUUUGAGUACUUUGAUUAGGAUAAAGUUGUUCAGAUAAGCUAAUUAGCAACUGUAGCUAAUCCAUUGGGCUAAUUCUGGUGUUAACUGUAGUUUGGACUUUCUAAAAUCUUAAAUUGAGGCGGUUAUUUGCUUAUUGCUAAUUAGCUUGAAAAUGAUUCAGAAUUACCACAAUUAUGAGUAAUAUGCUGAAAAAUAUCUUUAUUUCUCUUUAUAAGCAAAGCAGACAGAUAACUGACACCGAUAUCGAUCAUAAGGCUCAUUAUUUUCAAUUAUAUACAAAAAUACAGAUGAAAAUUGGAUCAUAUUAAUACAUUUGCAGACAGGGACGUAGUUCGUCUUUAACGUGUUUAAGUGUCACUAUCAUGUACUUCUAUCAUUUCCAGACACGUUUUUUAAAAGGUGACGAAACAAAUCCUAUUGUUUUAAAUGUGUGUUGAUACUUUAUAUUUUUCUUAUUGUCAAAGAAUCCCACGUGCAGACACAUCCAAACAAUGUGUUUGCCUGUCUGUUAAUACUAAAGCUGUAGAUAUUUAAAAGUAUAGCUAUAUAAGGGUUAAUGUGUACAUUAACUGUUGGUUUGAGUCUGCACAUGAGAUUUAAUGAUGAGAUGAAAAUAUAGAAACCACUAGACUUAAUAUAUAUUUAAAGCUACGGCUCUGACUGCAGCACUAAACAUUUCAAAGGACUCUUGCAGAAUAAUCAGCAGCUUUUUCUCACUUUCUAUCAACUGCCACCGUCCGGAGUCUGUUUCCAGUGAACUCAGCUGAACAGCGCCCUCUGGCUGCAUAAAACACUGCCGCUCUGUUUUCUGGGACCAAAAACAAAAGCGUGCUGAAAACCAGAUCUGCUGUCCUUUAUAAAGAAAUGUGUAAAACAAUGAGCCUUACACGUCCUCUGCUUUGCUUCCUGACGUCGGUUUCUCUCACUGUGGUCGUUUUUCCUGCAUCUCAACAACAGCAUUACGACAGUUUUUCUGUGCUCGAGUUGAGGCUUACAUCUCCCAGCGCGUCCUCAGUGUUCGGACAGUUGGUCCAGGCUCAAGAAAUUAGAGGGGAAAUAAAUGUUUUGUACGCCUGCGAGUGCCCGGUUGUGGAUGCUGCUGCAGAGAGAUAAUGAUGAAUGUGACCUCAGUGGAAGUGGUUUCCUCUGCAGAGAACUCAGCAUUCAUGUGAACAUUACCACAGGCAUUAGUCACUCUGCAUGCCAGCAAAAUGGCGCUGCUGCUGCUGCUGUGUUGUUUUGUGGAAGAAGCACAUGGCUGUGUGAGGGAAUCUUUUCAGGAGGACAACAUGUGAUUUAAUGAAUCUGGACAAUGUUAAAAGAAGAGUGUCAACCAGAAUUAACUCACUGUUGAUGCUGCAAAGAUCGACUGUGAGGAGAUGCUGGGACGAAAUGUGUGGAAGACAAUAUAU